AUGGGUGCAAUUUAUGCUCAUUGUAGGCUGAUGUGGCACAUUGUAGUUCUCCAAAACCUGUCUCUCGAUUUGAUAUCUGCGUUACAAGCUCUCCCGGCGUCCCGUGCAUUACGCUCUGUCAGCGGUAGCAAAAACCUCUUCAGUGACUUAUUGAGACUGAGUUCGACUAUCAACUCUGAUAACUAUGACCUUGAAGGGCUAAUACCAUUGUUUGCUGCGAUGCUCAACAAUGAGCAAGAUGAGAAAAUUUGGGACAAAGUCUAUGCUAUUGCAACGGAAUCGACAACCCCCCCUACGACCCUUGCCUCUCCUGAGCCGAACUCCGAAGAGCUAGACUCAAUAUACAUUGGCGUUCCGGGCUUCUUCGAAGCAUAUUUUGGAGGAAUAGAUGGAUUAGACAAUAUCUGUGCUACGGUGGGAGGUGGUUGGCGGGACUGGCCCAACAUCUCUAAAGAAAAAGAUGUGCUUGCCUGGCUGACUCAUCUCGUCGAUCGAAAGCUAGAUGUUGGUUUUAUAUGCCAAUCUGACCUAAACGAUAGCUCCAGGUAUCACUGGUCACAUGUUCUAGUUCUAGGUGAACUAAAGAGUAACCCAAGUGCCGAUACGGCCUCUAGGACAUGGCGUGAUUUGGGGCGUUAUGCAAGGGAGGUCUUAACGAUUCAAGAUACUCGUCGUUUUACGCUAGGCUUUACAUUAUGUGGGCCCAACAUGCGACUCUGGGAGUUCGACCGUGUCGGGGCAAUGGCGUCGUCCUCCUUCGACAUCAACAAGGAUGGGCUUCAGUUUGUUUCGGCCACGUUGGGUUUUCUUACGAUGAACGAUGAACAGUUAGGGUAUGACCCAAGCAUCAUAUCUACAUCUGACGGGAAAAGCUACAUUGAGAUUCAACGCGAUGGACAUUACGAGCGUCUUAUCCUUGAAGGGCUGAUGAAGAGAUCUGCAUGCGUUGCUGGCAGAGCUACAACUUGCUGGAAAGCCCGUCGCGAAGGAGACAAGACAAAUUCUCCACUUGUUAUCAAAGCUUCAUGGCAAUAUCCAGAGAGAGAAGAAGAGGGGAAACUUUUACAGGAAGCGACGGAGAAAGAGGUUGUUAAUGUAGCCAGAUAUUACUAUCAUGAAACCGUUCGGGUGAAUGGAGAAAUCGACAAUAUUCGCAACAAUGUUCGGAAGGGAUUGGAUGUCACGCAGUCCACGAACUUUCGACCAAUGCGGUAUGAGCUGCCCUCAGCUGCAAGUGGCACAGCAGGAAUAGAAAGAACCGGUCGCUCUACAAGCACGACCGGCCAGAAAAGGUCAUCUAGCCAAGCCAGCGCAAUACUGCCACCAAAGAAACGCCCUUGCUCAAGCUCGCCUUCCAAAAGUGUGCGUGAUACCAAUAUACAGGAUAGGGUACAUCGUCGAGUUAUUGUCAAAGAUUAUGGUCUACCCAUAUAUAGAGCAAGCUCACGCGUCUCGCUACUACGUGCACUUGAGAAUUGCAUAGAAGGCUACCAGUCUUUGCAUACGAAAGCAGGACUUUUACAGGGUGACGUCUCGACUGGGAAUCUUAUCUUGAAUGAAGACGUAGGAAAUCCGUCAUGGUCAGCGUUUCUCAUCGACCUGGAUCUAUCUAUCGAGAAUCAUCGAGAACGACCAUCUGGAGCUAGAGGGAAGACAGGGACGAGGGCAUUCAUGGCAAUAGGUCUACUUCUGGGAGAGCAACAUUCAUUCAGGCAUGACCUCGAAUCUUUCUUUUGGGUACUCUUCUGGAUAUGUAUUCACUACAAUGGUCUAGGCCAAGAGCUGGCUCGUUCUAAGCAAGGUAUAGUUGCUGACGAAGAGGAUUUUGUUAAGAUUGCAAGUGAGUUGUUCUCACCAUACUAUCAAGCAUUGGUUCCUUGGGUCAAUAGGUUGCGCCGAGUGGUAUUCCCGGGAGGUAUGCGGAGAAAGAAUGACGAUACGCAUCUUUAUAGUCAGAUGAAAAAUAUCCUUCAAGAAGCAGUUAGUGAUCCGAAAGUAGGACGCUAG